AUGGCAGGCGUCCUCAGGAAAUCGGUGGACUGGCUAAAAUUUGCUUGGGCAAGAGAACCCGUUGUCUUUAUGUCAUGCGUAUUUGGAUUUUCAGGUAAUUAUUUUGUUUUUUACCCCUUUAUGUUCACCGAAUAGAGAACAAUGUUUAAGUUUAUGCAACUGAUCUCUACUAUAUUGAAAGUAAGAAUCUGCGCCAUAUUGUUGAAGUGCGAAUGGUAUUUGAGAUUAGGAUUAGUUAAAAGCUACAGUGUUUUCUACUGAUAGCGUCAACAUCCUUUUUUUCCACCGAAAGCAACAAAACACCUUCUAAAAAACGCCACAUCUUGAUGCCGUGUUGUCACAUUUUCUUCAGUGGCCUCUGAAUGCUGUACUUCACAAAAAACUGAGCCUGCAAUUGUUUUGUAGAAAAUACCAUCAAAGAUGGCGCCCAAACUUAUGAUUUCAUUGCAGACAAAAGCUGCUUGUUAUUCCUAAUUAAGAACACAGGGGAGAUGUAUAGAAUCAUAUAAAAAUUUUUGAAAAUAUUUUGUGGUUGAGUAAAACCUCACUCGUCCGAAGAGUGACUUUUGAAGUUAACUUAAUCGUCUGUACGAGAUUGUAGUCGUCUGGGACGACUGGAUGACUGGGAAUAUGGAUCCCUGUGUAUAGCAAUCAGAGCUUCUGCAAUUUUCAUUUUCUUAAGAGAUUGCUAUUUUAAAAUUCAUUGUUGCCUAGCUUUGACAGAAAAUUACUUGUGAGUUUGUAUCUUUUUGUUCUUUGUAUUGCACCAUUUUCACUGCAAUACAUGUCACUUAUGGUAAUAUUUGCCUGUUCUUCAUGCAAUUAGCUUUGUUCUUAAUGCAUGUGGGGUAUGAGAGACUUAGACAGGAAAACUACUGAGUUAGCUUGAUGAUUCACUGUUUCCAGAAGUUGCCCUUUAAAGUAUACUGAUGUGUACAUGUACUUUAAUUUGGGGCUUAGUUUCCUGUGGACCCUGAGGAUAUAACACCGACUUGGAGGGGUCUAGUUGCAUUUACCAGGUUUGAAACCAUGAUACGAAUCCAAUUUAACUGUCAGAAUUUUAAGGCUGUACAGUUGUCAGCAAUCUUUUCCACUCUCAUCCUCAUAGGUCCUCUCUUUGUAUUGGUUAGUCCCUGGACAAAGGAUACUAUUAAAACUAUGAAGUCCAUACCCCAUGUCUAUCCAUGUAAGUAAACAUUUUUCCCUUUUAUGGUACUCAUAAAAUAAUGCUCUAGAACUAAAUUUGUAUAGGUAAUCAUACAACGAUGAGUUCAAUUUGGGAUUUAUUUUCACAAGUGUGUUUUUCAAAAAGUUUCAAAAUUGCAUAACUCCAAAAGCUGAAUGCAGUUUGAACUUUUUUGAAACAUUCAUGAGUGCACAUAUAAAUCAAAAUUAGUGGAGUCUGUUUAUAACAGCCACCCUGGAGACCCUAGAAACCACCUGCUUAGAGCAAGGAGUCCAUCUUUAGUCAUGUUGAGGUUACCUGUGAGUUCUAGUGCAUGAUUGGCUUUUAAUUGUUUCUAUUGUUCAUUAGCCAAUCACAGUACUCCAUUCUCUGAGAUAUGUCCAUUUUGUUUCCUUUUUUUGCAUUAUAUUUCCUUGUUUUUUUACUAAAAAACUGCAUUGCUCUCAACAAAUCACAUUCAACAAAUUUUUUCAUUUGUAUUAGUAGCUUGGAUAUAGAACAAGACAUUAAGUUCAAUGGAAUCCAGACACCAGAUCCCUGAGUUUUCUUUUUUCAUGAUCAUUAAAUAGUAGACAUUUUGACAAUACAAUUCAGAGUGUUACCAGAGGAAUGUUAUAUCAUAUUGAACCUUGGUUUUAACUUUGACAACACCUUGACAUCAUCAUCAGAGAUUAUUUCCCACUGGUUGUUUGAUGCACUUUUGAUGUAAAACUAUUGACAUUAAUUUUUUCACAUAAUUAGUGCUCAUGAACAUAGUUUCUCACAUAGACCAUAACAUAACCCUUGAGCAGCUGGACAUUUUUAAUGUAUAUAUAUCUAUAUAUGUUGUAGUUAAUUUUUUAUCUCACAGGUAAUUUUUGUUUUUCUUUUGAAGGGGGACAUUGGGGGGGUACCCAAUACCGCAAUACCGUAAGAAAAAAAUGGCAAAUACCGAAAGACCGCGUCAAAAAUCGUCUAAAUACCGAUACGGCAUAUUUUAAUCACAUUCAUAAUCGGUUCCGCAUACUUUUGGGUGGUUCCAUCUAGCGCGUUUAAUUAUCUCAGGCAUUUAUGCACCAGAUGUCCAUGUUUUUUUUAAUAAUUAUUUUGGUAGUUGGCAAAUUUUUGGCAAAUUUUCACUGAAAAGAACCUUUUGGUAGGUCGACCCAACAGCUAACUAACUCCAAUAAAAAUAACUCUUGAAAGUGCGAAAAAAAAACAAAACAAAAAACAAACCAACCAAAACCCUUUCCACGCACGUCUAGUGCGAGUUUGGAUGAGUCUAUAGUCUAGUAUGUCAGUAUCUCAGGGGUCAACUAUCUCGACUGUCUCCCCAGUGGGGAGGAGCGUUGCGUGACGACACUAAAAACGGCUGAGUAGCAGACUGGCACACGUACACAGAUCGAAAAGCCUGGUAAGGUAACUUGAGGUGACUCAUUGUCAUUGGAUGCAACAACAAUCUCAUUGUAUAUUAUCGACCAUUAACUGUCACAAAAUGACCCACAAUGGUUUAAUCAUUUACCGUUAUGUCUCAAGACUGCUAAAUAUUAACUUUUAUUGACCUUUAUUUCCUACUGUGUUUUGUUUUGCGUAUUGUAUCGAAAAGAAAGCGCAAAUAAACGGUACCGUAAUACCGUGAACAAUCUUAUUUCACCGAAUACCGUCAGCCAAAAUGAUGAAAAACCGCAUACCGCAGAGCUAGAUGAUACCGCAAUACCGCACGUUAAAAUUAAAAUUACCGAAAUACCGCAUGAAAAAAAGCCCAAUACCGUAAACCCCCAUGUCCCCCUCCUUUUGUUUCAACUUCAUUAGCAUACGUUACCAUACCCAAAAACAGAAGAAAAAGAAAAAUUAGGGGAGACAGAAAGUUAACUACAACAUAUAUAUUUGGUGUUAGCUGGGGUCAUUUUAGGGCAACUACUACAUUUAGAUGUGUUCGAGAAACCUAUGACAGAUUUGGUCAAAAUUCUUUAAGUUUCAAAAUCUUACCUAUGAGUUAUCAGAUAACUGCAGUAUGUAAUGUUUAAUCCUUUCUCCUUUUAUUUUACAGAUCCACAAUUGGAGAAUCAAGAUCUAACUAACAUUGAUGGUCAAGGAAACAAAAUCUAUCCAGAAUUUCCUAUCUAAGAAACCAAUGGUCCUUUUGUACAGACUGCUUGUAAUAACUAUUUGAAAAUCCCUCUGUUGCAUGUCAUGUUUGGUUGUUUUGAGUGGAAAUUCGUUCUUUGUUCAUACCUAAGUUCUUGUCAAAUUGACUGUAAUAAUAAGGUUCCUGAUGAUUUCAAGUAAUAAAGGCAACAUUUUAG